AUGGCAAGCUCCAUUUUCCCUUUUCUGCCGCUUCUUUUACUCGCCAUUUGGUGUGGCUAUGCUCAAUCCCACGAAGAUGGGCACAUCGCGGCAGAAAUAUCGAACAAGGGCCUCGAUUUUCUCAAGGGUUUGCUGAUAGAAAAAGCUGAAUCUUCGCUAGUCCCUCUCGAGCUGCCCGUCAUUGAGAAGACCGUGAAAAUCCCAGUUUUAGGUAAAGUUCAGAUGGUCCUUUCCGAUAUUACUAUCGAGAAGAUCCACACAACGUCUUCAGUUGUAAAAACUGGGGAUAGUGGGAUAGUUAUUGAAGUUUCUGGUGCCACCGCGAAUUUGAGUAUGAAUUGGAAGUAUUCGUACACUAGUACUUGGUUGAUUCCAAUUUCGGUAUCUGAUAAAGGAAAUGCUACUGUUCAGGUGACUUUUCUGCAUCCUAUUUUACUUGGUAGGUUGGGUGCUAUUGGCUUUCGUGGGAGUGUAGUUUGUAUCAAUAGGAAAACUGCUAUCUUUUUGUGUAUUUUGCUGUGGAAAUGGAAAAAAGUUGAUUAG